AUGGAGAACGAGGAUUUGAUUGAUUACGAGGAGGAAGUGUCGGUGCCCACCACGGCUCCGGCGGAGGGUGCACCUGCAGCGGCUUCCGGUGAAGAGAAAGACAAGAAGGGCAGCUACGUGGGUAUCCACUCUACGGGUUUUCGUGACUUUUUGCUGAAGCCAGAGCUGCUGCGUGCCAUCAGUGACCUCGGUUUCGAGCACCCGUCUGAGGUGCAGCAGGAGUGCAUUCCGCAGUCGAUCCUUGGUAUGGACGUACUGUGUCAGGCCAAGUCCGGUAUGGGUAAGACUGCCGUGUUUGUGCUCGCUACGCUCCAGCAGAUUGAGCCCGUCGAUGGCGAGGUGUCUGUGCUUGUGCUUUGCCACACUCGUGAGCUUGCAUACCAAAUCAGGAAUGAAUACUCUCGUUUCACUAAGUACAUGCCAAACGUGCGCACGGGUGUUGUGUACGGCGGCACGCCGAUUCGCGAGGACCAAGCGAUGCUUGCAGACAAGACCAAGUGCCCGCACAUUCUCGUCGGCACGCCUGGUCGUAUGAACGCGCUUGUGCGUGACAAGAAUCUUAAGGUUGGCGAAGUGAAGCAUUUUGUUGUCGACGAAUGCGACAAAAUUCUCGAUAACCUCGACAUGCGCCGCGACGUGCAGGAAAUUUUCCGUGCCACGCCGCACCACAAACAAGUAAUGAUGUUCAGUGCUACGCUCGCCAAGGAGGCGCGUGAUGUAUGCAAGAAGUUUAUGCAGAACCCCCUCGAGAUCUACGUGGACGACGAGACGAAGCUCACGCUGCACGGUCUCCAGCAGUACUUUGUGCGUCUCGACGAGGCGGCAAAGAACCGCAAACUGAACGAUCUUUUGGACAACCUCGAGUUCAACCAGGUAAUUAUUUUUGUCAAGUCUGUUGCUCGUGCGAACCAGCUUGACAAGCUGCUCCGCGAGAGCAACUUUCCCUCCAUCUCGAUCCACGGUGGUCUCCCCCAAGACGAGCGCAUCAAGCGUUACCAGCAGUUCAAAAACUUUGAGAAGCGUAUCCUGGUCGCGACUGAUAUCUUUGGUCGCGGUAUCGAUGUCGAGCGUGUCAACGUCUCUAUCAGUUACGAUACGCCCUCUGACGCAGAUUCGUAUUUGCACCGCGUUGGUCGGGCUGGUCGCUUUGGUACCAAGGGUCUUGCCAUCACGUUUGUGUCCAGUGAUGAAGAUGCAGAGGUGCUCAAGCAGAUCCAGAGCCGCUUCGAGGUCGCUAUCCCGGAGCUGCCCGAGAACAUCGAGGCUAGCUCUUACAUGAAUGCAUAG